AUGGCUUUGCAGGUCUACAUUUCUCAUACCGGUAGAAACUUGACUUACCAUGAUACCAACGCUACCGUUGAGUCGCUACGGUCAUGGAUCGAAUCCAACGCAGCCAUCCCUGCGGUGCACCAGAUCUUGAUGACAUCUCGGGGCAAACUGGUCAAGAAUCUUUCGAACGAGGCCGAAGUCUACGUUUAUGAUAAGAACUAUCUAUCUUCCGAUUCCAAACCGCCUGUUAGCCGCGAUGUCGAACUUCAGGAUCCCUCCGAACCCCCUUCCUCCCUCGCGGACGAGAACAGCCUCAAAGCAUGGCAGGAUCUGUUCAUGUCACGGCGAGCUUGGGCACUUGAAGCAUUCGAGGUAGCACGAAACGGUGUGGAAAACAUCGAAACAUGCACAGACGAAGCAACCGUGAUUGCUCGUUCCAUGAAUGUUGCCCUAGACAACCUGCGGAAUCAUGUGAACUCUUUGCAGCAGAGAUUCGACGAAACCCGUCAGUGGGCGGAGGGCUAUCUUCAGGAACUUCGUGAUGUCCUUAGGGAUUGGCAGACAUGCACAAACACCCUUGGAGAGCUGCCAGUGCGUGAAGAUGUGGCUCGAAUUCUGCGGCGGCCGAAUGACCCUGGGCACGAUCAGGCUGAAACGCCUGUUGGAACUCUGCUGGAGCUGACUCACCGAGAUCGUCUUGAUGCUGCUGCGGAAAGUGUUGAGCAAAGUACAUCGACAUUCGCAAAGGCUUUUGAAGAACUACACUAUGGCGUGGAGUCUUUGAGGACGGACACAGAUAAUGCUAAGAGUCGUUCGCCGCAGGUGCCACAGUUCGACACAAAUGCUCUUCUGGAUGAAGCUGAGACUCUGGCCAAACGCAUCAGCGCCGACUACGAAGAUGUCUUGCAAAUGCCAGAUAAUCCCAAAUCGGUAAUUUCAGCAUCACGAAAAGCGGCUGUCCAUACGCGAGACCUAUUACCGGCCUUUCAAAGUCUUAUACAAGAGAUUGUCCAGGGAUGCAAGUCGGCUGCAGAAGCGAGAAGUAAUGUGUCUCUCGAAUGGUCUUCGACAUUGCGUCACAUUUCCAGCCUCCAAUCUCGCCUGCCAGAAUUGUUAUCUGCAGUUUCGAGCCUGGACUUUCAGGACAACGACAAUUACCAACUGCUUACCUAUGUCUUUCAACUUCCAGAAAUCUACGGGGCUACUUUGGUGGAGGCUGCUCGUCGAUCAGAAUGGACCGAGCGUAUGCGGUCGGAGGUGGACGCCCUUCACGAUGAUUUAUCACAACAAACCGAGGAAGAGCAAAGACGUCGAAAGAGAUGGGCGGCUUCUCACAGCGAGUUUCUGAACGACGACCUGAAUGCUAAGGAUGCUCUGAUCGAUCUUAAAGCGUCUUCUCCACGAAAUUCUUGGCCUUUUGUGAGCAGAGACGAGAUCUUUGCUUGGACAGACGACCUUCGAGCCUUGGGAAUGGAUGAUGCAGUCCAAGCUAUCAUCCAGCGUAUGAAGGAGUUGGAUGCUUCGGUCCGCAGACAGAAACCAAAGCCUUUCAAAAAUGGUAGUAUGCAUGACCUCACCCAAAGUGGCGUCCUUCGUGGCGCUGAUGGAGUGAAGAGUCUACAAGAUGACAAAUUGAGACUGGAGGAGAAAUUGCGUGCUUCGGACAGCCGUGUACGCAAGUUGGAAGAUCUGCUUCAUCGUCAGAGCCAACUUAGUCGACCAGCCAGUGGCGUGUUUGUGCCAGGCAGCGCCACGGACUUCGAAGCACGCUCCCCCUCACCGAGUCCCUUGCAGAGACCGAGUGAUCAUUCGCGACGAUCAUCAACAUCGGGACGCCGACUGUCAAACAACCACGAUGAAAAGACCUUGGUGCAAAAGAUUGUGGCGCUGGAAGGUCAAAUCCAGAAGUUGCAGGAGGAAGCACACGAAGAGCGCAGAUCGAGCACGGAAAGCCGCGAUAAGAUGCAGGAGGCUGAGCUGGUCAAGCGAGACCUGAUGGCCAAUCUCGAAGCUCAGAAGCAAGAAUUUGACGAUGAGCGGCAACUAUUAGAUGACGAAGUACAUAGGCUUAAGGUCAAAUUGGAUGAAGCAGAGGACGAACUUGACCGCCUUAACGAGUCCCGAGACCACCUCCGAUCGGAACAAGAUCAACUUGUUGUGAACCUCCGAAACGAGCUGGGAGAUUUGAGGCGCUCCUCAGAGGAAGAACGCGCAGCAACGCUAGAACGGCAAGUGCAUCAAAUCAAGGACGACAGGGCAAACGCUCAAGGCCACAACAUGGCACAAGCCAAUCAACUGAGGGCAAUGGAAGAUCAAGAGCAGGAAUACAUCGCUAUACUACAGGUUGUGCACUCCAACUUGUCUCCAGCUGGCUCUCCGCCUGAGAACCUCCGCCGCCUUGUCAACGCUCUGGAGAUCUUGUCAGAAGGCGCUGCAAUUCAUGCGCGCGGGCUUGACGAUUCCUUGCAACUGGCGACCGCAGAACUCAAAGCUUUGGAGGAGAAAGUCUCUAAUGCUGAGUCUCAAAUCAAGGCACUGACUGAACAACUUUCUUCAGCGGAAACCUGGGCAAGUGAGUUGCGUGAAGAUUUGAGCCAAGAAAGAAACAAAGUCUCUGCUCUUCGAUCAGAACUCGCGGGCGAGCGGAUUGAGAUGCACAGCUUGCGGGAGAAGUUUGCAGCAGGCGAAACAGGCUCUGAUGCAUUGAGACAGCAGCUGAAGUCCGAGGAACAAAAGGUGGCUGACCUAGCUGAUCGCAAAGCCGACGAUGAAGGAGUGAUACAACGCUUGAAGCAUGAAAUAGGAGAUCUUACCCACGAAGCACAAAUGGCGACAGAGCGGCAAGAAAAGGUCAAGAAGCAUUUUGACAAACGAGGCGAGAAAGCCAAACAACUAUCGGAGCGACUUUUCCACUAUCACGAUCGCAUCAUUCGUAUGCUCGAGCAAUUUGGAUACUCAGUCGCUCGACAAGAGGAAAACCUACUAAUCCAGCGGGCAUCCAAGGUUAACGCUAGCACUUUACUCAGCGGCGGCGAAGGCUCGGGCCCAUCUGUCAUGAGAAGGACCAGUUCCGGAGCCGCCCCCACACAGCACUACUCGGACCCUUCAGACCUGGAAACUCUGUACUGGAUGUCCGAUGGCGACCUUGGGUCCGAGUCGGCGAAGUUCACUGGCUUCGUCUCGGCUUUGCAGCGACUGGACAUUGACAGCACCAUCGACCUGAUUACCAAACGGUACAAGGACGUUGAGAUGCUAGCAAAGAAGUAUCAAAAGGACUCACGUGCCUAUCGCGAGCGUACACAUAGGAGUCAAGCGGAAGCCCAUGACAAGAUUGCAUACCGCAGCUUCAAAGAGGGCGAUUUGGCUCUUUUCCUCCCUACGCGCAACCAAGCAACUCGGCCUUGGGCAGCCUUCAACGUCGGUGCGCCACAUUAUUUCCUCCGGGAACAGGAUGCGCACAAGCUUCAGACGAGAGACUGGCUGUUGGCCCGCAUUAACAAGGUCGAGGAGCGCGUGGUGGACUUAUCACGUAGUCUCUCAACAGGGAUGCGUGGUAAUGCUUCGACAAGUGGGAAUGUUGACGACAGCGGCUCGAUGAGGUCGAUUGAUGAUGAGAACCCCUUUGAGCUGUCCGAUGGGCUGAGAUGGUACAUGAUCGAUGCAAGCGAGGAAAAGCUUGGUGCCCCGGGUACGCCAUCCGUAGGUAAAUCGACAGUGACAGCAUCGAACAUCGAUGUCAAGGGACAUAUGGGCAUGGGCAGGAAAGAACACAAAUCCGGCAUCAGCAUCGGAGGAUCCAGCGGAACGGCGACUGCGACGAUGGUGACCAAGACACUGACUAAGAGUCUAGACAGUCGACGAUCCAGCACGGGCAGCAAAAAGAGCAUGGAUCUCAAGGGGAAGCACGAUGCAGCUGGCACGGGCAGAGGAAGCAACAUGAAAGAUGUUCCCGCCAAAGCUGCGCCGCUUGCACCUAUUACCAGGACCAAAGGACCAAUUUCCAACCAGUCUGCUGCACCGUCCAGAGAUGCAUCGCAGUCACCGAUGAAGCAUAAGAUGCCAGGCUCGGCUGCAAGCCCGGCGAAAAGCAACACGUCGCCGGCCAAGCAAAGGCCUUGGGACAAACUAUUCAGCGUGGAGUACAGGGCAUGA